AUGGCCGACGCAGAGGAACCUCAGUUCAGUACAAUCGCCGAGAGGAUCGCCGCCCUCAACAAGCAGAGGAACUUCAAUGGCAAUGGCAAUGGCAAUGGCAAUGGCACAGCUGAGCCAACGCGCAAGCGACCUCCUCCAGCACCUCCUGUCCGACCAACAAGUCCGAAAAGAAGUGAAACUUCUCCAGCUGCGUUAUCUACUGCUGCCAGUGCACACUCUUAUCCGUCAAUUCCUAGUAGACCUGUGAAGGGGAAUGCGCCGCCCCCCUUGCCUCGAAGAGAUACUCAAUCUCCUGUCGCAAGCAAUGACUCCUUGGCAACAAAGGCUGUGAAAGGCCCUCCACCAUUGCCAAGUCGGCCAACAAGCUCUCAGACUCCUCCAAAACUACCCUGGAGAGCAUCAGCUCAGCCGACCGCAUACCUUUCUCCCCGUCGCAAUUCAGCUUCCUCGGAGAUAUCUCAGCACUCUACGGUAUCUACGUCAUCACUGGGACGAACCACCUCGUCCAAUACCAGUUACGCGCCCAGUGGAAACGCUCCUCGAAAAAUGAUGGCUCCGGCUACAUGCAAUCCGGCAGAUCUACCCCCUCUCCCCCCAUCGAAACGAGAACUCGAAGCCCAAGCCAAAGAGGCCACUACUCAAGAAAUCGCUGUAAAGGACAUGGCCGCUCGGGAAUAUAGAGCCAAGCAGGCUCUCAAAGCACAGGAAGGUCGACCCGUCAGCAACACUCCGUCCCCGACCCCUCCCACUCGACCCGGGUUGCCACCACAACUACCGUCGAGGCCAGCGCCAGCACAGACAAAUUCGGUGGUUGUAGUCGAAGAAACAGAACAAGCCCCCCGCAAACUUCCCAUUGGUACCAUUAGAGGCUUUUCUAGUGGGAAAACAGUCAAGGCGCCGCUUCCUCCGACGCGACGACCACAGCUUCCUCCAAGGUCAUCUGCCGAUGCUGAGACCAUCAGGGACGAGCCGCCGCCGCCGGUACCUCUGUCUUCGAGACCUUCAGCGGCGCAGAUUCGAGAAGCAUCAUCCGAGGUCGCAAUGAGGGCAUCAAAUGGAGAAACCAAAGGGAGAAGUACCACAGAGUGCUGGGUAUGUCGAGAUUGGAGUGGGCCAGACACCGUGGCAGCCCAAUUCCCGAGACAAUCACUGCCUCGCAAUGAUCCUGUCGGUCAUCUUGCCCAUGGCUUGUGUGACCCUUUCCCUUCAUACGAUGAUAAAGCAAGAGCAAUUUUUACAUGGUGUCAUCACAACAUAUCCUACGACACAGCGUCUUUCUUUGGCAAUAACGUCAAACCCAUGUCCGUCGAAGAUACAAUAUUCAGUGGUUUGGCGGUAUGUCAAGGCUACGCAGAUACUUUCAAGGCUGUGGCCAAUAGGGCGGGGUUAGAGUGCGUAGUUGUUGGGGGCCAUGGCAAGGGCUUCGGCCAUAAGCCCCUGAAGCAAGGUGAGCGGCCGCCUCCAGCGAAACCCGACGGACACGCCUGGAACGCCGUCCGAGUUGACGGUGGCUCCUGGAAGCUUAUUGAUGCUUGCUGGGGGGCCGGGCACAUCUGCUCAGCGACGAAUCUAUACAAGAAGGAGUUCUCUCCCCGUGAGUUCACCUUGACGAAUGAAAAGUUCGGCCUUCGCCAUUUCCCUCGGGAUUUUCUGCUCCAACACAGGAGUGACGGUCGCACGGUUUCCUGGGAAGAGUACUACACUGGAGGCAUGGACGGAGAGCCGCACCAAUGGUAUGGUACGGGGAAUAAUGAGGGGAUUGCUGAGGAUUCUGUGGAGCCAAAAUGCCGUGAUAUCUCAGUUUACAGCGGGCAAGUCGUCCGGUUCCAAUUUUCUAGAGUUUGCGAGCACUGGACUUCGGAGAAGGCUGGGCUGGGGAGUCCUGCCUUGUUCCUGCUCAGUAUCCACGGUCUUGACGGACGUAAAGAAGAGAUUAUCCCAACCGAAACCAACGGAUACUGGAACUGGGUAGACGUCGACGCUCGAGAUCUUGGAGCUCCGGGACAGUCAGUCGAGAUCCUCAAGCUCGAGACGAUGGAUAACAGGGACGCUCGCGGAGUCACGCCGGAAGAGUUUAAAUCCAAGAGGGGGAGGGUCGGGAUGUCAUGGUCAUAUAUUGCCAGGUGGAACUUGGUAUAA